AUGUCUUCCUGGGUAGUUACUAGAGUCUCCCGUAGCCUUAGCUUUGAGUUCAUCCGCCAGCUCUCUAAAGAUCCGGCCAAUAUCGUUUUCGGCCUCAUCCGCGACAAAGUAGCCGUCAAGUCCAAGGUUACCGCUAAAAUCGGCCAGAAAAAUAUUCAUAUCAUUCAGGCCGACACCACGGACCCAAUAGCAUUAGCAGCAGAGAGCCACGAUCCAAACGCCCUUGAACAAGAUAUGAUUAAACACUUCCGAGUCAAUACCAUCGGCGCCGUCCAUCUUUUCAAUGCUUUCAUACCCCUGAUUCUAAAAGGUCGGGCGAAGAAAGUGAUUGCCAUCUCCACGGGCAUAUCAGACCCUAAGAUAACACUCAAAGCCGAUAUCUACCAAGCCGCAUCCUAUGCAAUAAGCAAGGCAGCCCUUAAUAUAGCCAUAGCCAAGUUCAGCGCCUUAUACCAAACGGAGGAGGAGGGUCAGUUGGCUAUAGCUAUGUUUGGGAAGUUUAAGCAAUAUUCCCCCACCUUCCAAGGACCUAUAAAGCCAGAACACAGUGCCAAAUCGGUCUUAGCUCUCGUGAAAAAAGCUACUGUUGACAGUGGUUAUACAGGCGUCUUUCUCUCCCAUACAGAGUCUAAGCCCUACCUUUAA